GGUCAGCAGGAAGGACUUCCGGGGAGUGCCGGCAGCAGCGCCGCCGCCAUGACCUCGCUCCGCGCCUUCACCUGCGACGACCUCUUCCGCUUCAACAACAUCAACCUGGAUCCGCUGACCGAGACCUACGGCAUUCCUUUCUACCUGCAGUACUUGGCCCACUGGCCCGAGUACUUCAUCGUGGCGGAGGCACCGGGCGGGGAGCUCAUGGGUUACAUAAUGGGUAAAGCAGAAGGCUCUGUGGCUAGAGAAGAGUGGCAUGGGCAUGUUACUGCGCUCUCUGUUGCACCGGAAUUUCGGCGGCUGGGUUUGGCUGCCAAACUGAUGGAACUACUGGAAGAAAUUUCAGAGAAAAAGGGUGGAUUUUUCGUUGAUCUCUUUGUGAGAGUAUCAAAUCAGGUUGCAGUAAGUAUGUAUAAGCAACUAGGCUACAGUGUAUACCGGACAGUGUUAGAGUACUACUCUGCUAGCAACGGGGAGCCAGACGAAGAUGCUUAUGAUAUGAGAAAAGCUCUUUCCAGGGAUACGGAGAAGAAAUCAAUUAUACCUCUGCCCCAUCCUGUGAGACCAGAAGACAUUGAGUAACUGUAAGCUGUGAUUCUCAGAAAACAUACGAAGAGUGUCAGGUUCUUUCUCUGCCAGCCCAUCUAGGACUUACAGAUGAGAAAUCUUAGGCUAGAUCUCCUCUUUAUAUGAAACACUGAAAACAAUACUGAGAAGCCUAUGUACACUGCCUCUAUUGAUAAAAUAGCUGCGUACUUUUGCAUUCACUCUCAUGAUUUUCAUCUCAAGUAUUGGAAAUGCAGACUAUUAAAUGAGGUAACCCCUGA